UUCAAUUUCUUUUCCUUUUGUUUUCGCUAUCUAUGCCUCUUGCUUCCUCUAUUUCUCUAAUAUAUCUGGUGUUACAUUUCUAGGGUAUUCCCGCAAUUCCCUUUUUAGGGAUUCUUUUCCUCUUUUUCGGGUUUUGGUUUGAUUGGUUUUUUUUCUUCUCGGAUUUACUUUUGGUUUAGCUGAUUCAUGUCUGUUAUGGAUGACAAUUCCCGUGCUUCUUUGGGUUUCUUUCAGGGAGGAUUUGAGGGUCUGAAGGUAUGCAGUCAAAGUCUGAAACCAAUAAUCAGCUCGAUUCAAAUGGUGCACCAUCGACGAGUAUCUAUUAUGAACCCUGGUGGCGUGGCAUGGGGUACAAUACUUUUCCAUUACCUGUGGUUGGGGGAAAUGCUUCCAGUUCAACUUCUCUUGAAUUCCCUAAUGGUGGUUCGGAGUCAAAUGAUGGCCAAUCUGUGUCUAAUAAUGAUGUAAAUGAUGAAGAAGAUGAUGUUUCUAAAGAAGUGCAAGCUACUGGAUCUCCACAUUCUGCGGGAAGCUACAGACAGGAUCCUCAGAAGAUGCAGCAUGUUUCAUCCACUUUGCCGGCAAUGCACGGUGAAUGUCUGGCACAGUCUACACAACUCGAACUUGUUGGUCACUCUAUUGCUUGUGCAUCAAAUCCUUAUCAGGAUCCAUAUUAUGGAGGAAUGAUGGCCUUCUAUGGUCAUCAGCCCUUGGGCUAUCCCAUGGUUGGAGGACCACAUGCUAGAAUGCCAUUGCCCAUUGAGAUAGCACAAGACCCCGUUUUUGUGAAUGCAAAGCAAUACCAGGGAAUUUUGAGGCGAAGGCAAGCACGUGCAAAAGCUGAGGCUGAGAAGAAAUCAAUAAAAGCCAGAAAGCCAUACCUUCAUGAGUCUAGACACCAGCAUGCCAUUAGAAGGUCGAGAAGUAGUGGAGGUCGUUUUGCGAAGAAAAGCGAAGCUGAGGGAAAGGAAAAGCAUUCUGAUAAAGUAAACGAGAGUGAUUACCGCCUAAAUGACGGUUCUGAACAGCAGAACGGAAGCUCCUUGACGAACAAGGCCUCUGAGUAGCAAAGCAACCUGCACUGAAUGCCAAGACAAUGGCCAGAGUUGUUCAGUGGGGAAUGAGGGAUCAAUUGCUUGUUUGUUAGAAGUACUGAGUUCCUAGCAAAGCAUGCUAGGCGGCAAAUCAUUCUUGGCUUUGUUGUUCUGUUGCUUUGUAGAAAAAGAAAAAGGGAUGGUGAAUGAUAUGUGUGACUUAUAGGAUCUCAUGACUUCUUCAAAGGAUUCCUCAAAAGUCUAAGAGAUUUCUUCAUUCCAUUCUCCUUUUUUGCCUUUUUUGUACAUAGUUUAUGAUGACGUAAGGGAGUGAGAACUUUGGUCUCUUGUAUUAUAUUAGCAGUGCGUGAAACUAAAUGAAUCAUAAGGCUUAGGAUAGAUACAGUGAUUGUGAUUCACAAAGCUUAGACUUGAAAGAUUUUAGAUUUGAGUAUCUAAGGUUUGACGGAUUAUUGAUGCAAAUUAUAGUUUUCAGGUACAGAAAUGGAUAGAGUUUAAAUGGCUUCCUUCAGCUUUGACUAUGACUUGUUUUAAAGCCAAAGGAUAUUUUGUGUAUGGAAGGGAAGGAUUAAUGGAUGCAUCUCACCCAUUUGGAAUUCAUCCACCUUGAAA